AUGGUAUUCAUUGUUAUUUGGAUCCUCAACUUAUCUCUGUUUUAUAAGCUAACUGAACUCUGCCGAUUCAGUGGUGUAAAGAUCUACCCCGGAAGAGGCAUCAUAUUUAUUCGUAGUGAUUCACAGGAAUUUCUAAUUGUGAACUCGAAAUGUAAGAGGUAUUUCCACAACCGUUUGAAGCCUUUGAAGCUCACAUGGACUGCCAUGUUCAGAAAGCAACACAAGAAAGACAUUGCCCAAGAGGCUGUGAAGAAGAGGCACUACGCCACCAAGAAGUCAUACUCUAGGUUCAUUGGUGGUGCUACCUUGAAAGUCAUUCAGAAGAAAAGAUCUGAAAAGCCUAAAGUUCGAGAUGCAGCCAGAGAAGCUUCUCUCCGUGAAAUCAAAGAGAGGAUUAAGAAAACAAAGGAUUUGAAGGUGUCUGCUAAUCUAGAAAUAAAUGUCUGA